AUAUAUAGCUGGACGAACAAGUCGUGAUUUCCAGUCCAUUAAGUUCCAAAGUAAACAAGUUCCAUUAAGUUCCACGUAGUACAUAGCAAACUCAGCUCUUGGGGAAGACUUUUGACCACUCCACGGUCUCCGCCUCUCCGAAGGGUUAAUGACGGCAAACCCUCUCCAGCCGCCCCAUCCCGGCCGUAAAUAACCAGAAACAACCCUCGCUCUCUCCUUCUUCUUGUCUUCCCCAUCACUUCUCCUCCCCCCCUUCGAGACAUAUGAACUUAGGGGGUGUUUGGAUCUGAUUCUCAAAACUGAUUCUGCUCCUUCAGGGAGCAGAAGCAGAAGCUAGAGUGUUUGGGUGAAAUUCCAGAAGCACUUCUGGAGCUCUAAUUUACUCUCAGAAUCAGUUUUUUUAGAAGAUGGGGGGUACCAGCUUCUGAAAACUGAUUCUGAUUCUGCUUGUGCUUUUAAAAAAGAAGCAGAAGCAGAAUCAGUUCCAAACACCCCCUUAAAAGAAACUGAUCUUUCGGCAAACCCUCUCCAGCCUCCAGGACACUGACCCCCUUCGUCUCCCUCAGUCAGACGCAGUCUCCUGCACACCGUUCGUGUAGUUUUAUGAGUACUUAAGAGACCGAGCUUGGAGGACAUUGUUAUGAGCCUAUGAGGUCAGGCAGGAAGCACUCACCUUAUUGCCAACAUUUGGAAAUUCUAGAUAAGAUUUCGGACUAAGAUCACUAAGCUUACCUGGCAAUGAUAUUCCAGAGAGAAAGAUGGACAGAACAGCGGCUGCUUUGGCUAUGCAGUGGAGUGUAGAUCUUGAGAAGGGCCUCCGUUCUAAACGAUCGGGUGAAGCCAUUCUUCAGAUUGGACAGAGACUUCAACGGUGGAAUAGUGAAUCUAUUCUUACAGUAUCUGAAUACAAACUAUUUGGAUUGAUACCUGGAGAAGAUAAACUAUUUGCUGAUGCAGUCCUUCUAAGGCUUGCGGAAGCAUUCAAGUCUGGGGACAAACACACAAGGGUGUGCAUUGUAAAGAUUUUCAUGUCGAAUAGGAGGGGAUGGGGUUGCCAUGGCAUCAUAUCCAAGGGCAAGUUGGGCAGCCAUGUAGAGCUUCUAACAAGAUUGAAGUCUGUAUUUGACACUGGUGAUUCAGAGGAUAGAGCUAUGACUUUGGUUCUAUUUGGUUGCUUGGCAGGUAUUGCAAAAGAUAAUGCGGAUUUAAGAUGCAUCGUCCUUUCAAGCUUGGUUUCAAAAAAUAUUCAGGAGGUAAAGGCAUCUUUAUUUGCUGCGGGAUGCUUUUGUGAAUUAGCUAAUCAUGAUUUCGCUGCUGUACAUUUGGAGAUGCUUGUAAAUUUGAUGUCGCAUGAAACGCCAACGGCUAUAAGGUUAGCUGCAGGCCGAGCUUUUGCACAAUUAUGGUUCUCAAUAUUGCUUGCAGAUAGAGCUUACAAGAGAGGUGUGAAGCUGAUGUUAGACUACCUCCCAGAAGAAGAGUUUUCCAAACUUAUGCUGAUUUCGCUUUCAAAAAUUGCUUCCAAAUGGACCUCACUGAUUCCUGUACAGGUAGAAUUGCUUAUCUCAUUAAUUUCACAGGAGAUGAGAGCUUCAUGCCUGCAAGCUACUGCAAUAAAAUGCCUUGACUUUAUUUUAUGCCAUGUAGUUAUCUUCCCUGAGAGUACUACACACUCAGUCCUAAAGUUUUUUGGAGUUCUGAAUGAAUCCAAAUUAUCUCCAGAUUUGCAGUGUGUAGCAUUAAAUAUCUUUUACAAGGUUUUCUUGUAUAAUUUACACAGAAUUCCUCAUGUGGAGGCCAUGACCAUUUUCUCCAGAUUCCUAGUAUGUGUACAACUGAUUUUAGAAUCUUCAGUUAUUAUGAUCUCAGAGAGGUUAUUAGCCAUUCAUAUCUUAGGAGAUGUUUCUGUCAAACUUCUUGAAAGAAUGGAAGGGGAGGCAUCAUCAGAUCAGAUAAGCUCCACUGUGGCAUCUAAAAUCAUCUCAUUUUCCAUGGAUCGCCUCUCUCUCAUGGUUAAGACGAAUGAAUAUAUUCUUCUUCAACCUAACGAUGUGGUGGAUCAGGAGAUCAAAUGCUUAUUCAGUCUCUUACUUGAUUUGUUUGAAAAGAAGCAAGAACUUGGUGUCCUUUUACUGGACAAAAUGUGCUUAUUUAUUAGUGGCUUGGUGAAUGCGUGGAAUGAAGUUACAAAAAAGCUAAAUAUUGAUGAUAAUUCCAUAGAUCCUCCUCGUCCAGAAGAGAACAGUAACUCGGCUGCACUUGAAAGAAUUAUGAUAUGCGCAUCAAAGGUUAUUCGUAACUGCUUCUUCCAGAAUCAAGAAAAUUGGAGUUCUACUUCCGAGGUUAUUGGCACUAUCAAGAUCCUUGUUAAACAUGUAUGUGGUUGCAGAUCACUGCAUAUUCAUAUACAUGUAAUCUAUGAUCUCCUACUGCACUCAUGCUUGAAAUACAGUUUAUUGUGCAGAAUUAUGAAUUCUACUGAAAACAUCUGUCCCUCUCCUCAUGAGUAUGAACAUUCUACUCCUGAAUAUGUGAGGGUUAUUUUGGGAAGAAGAAAAGAACAUUGGCUGUGUUACAAACUUGGAAAGUAUGCAGUAUGUCAGGGAGCAUGGAUUACGGCAACUCUUAUUUUUGAACAACUUAGUACCACUGUCCAAUCUAAAGCCUGUCAUUCUUGGUUGGAAUCCCUGACUUGCCUCUCACGUACGGAAAGGGAAUUUCAAUCGUUGGUUAACUUUGAUCUCACUCAGAUCACGACUUGUGGAAAAAGCUCUUACAUUGAAGCUAUUCUUGGUGCUUGCAAUGACCUUCGUUCUUCCGUGUGUAGACUUGGUGGUGGUGACAGCUCUACUUCAGGCCCCGCUUUCUGUUUUCAGAGAUGGUUUCUCACUUUGAGAGUAAAGGUUGUUGAAGCGGUGUUAGAUUCUAUUAAACUCUUGAUAUCAACAUAUUCUUCUUCUGGUACAUCAUAUUCACUACAGAACCCUUUUGUCCAAGUGUCUGUGAGGAUGAAGAGCUUAUCACAAGAAUUUGACCUUUUUGCAACAUCUUUCAUUGGCAUAGACAGAGAAAGUAGGACUGUUGUCUCAUCACUUUCUCAAAGUUGCUCACUUUUGGCCUUCACAACUGCCUUCUUAAAUUGUCUCAUGGCAAAUUUUUCUGAAGGUAUCAUCAGUGAUCAAGUGGUGGAUGAGCAAAUUUUUGCUAUGCUAUCACAUGAUUUGUUUGGUAGAUUAUUAUUGCACAUGGACAACGAAACCAGGAAAAUAUUGCUUUCGAAGCUCACUCCAAAUACUGUUUUCCUGCCACAGUUGAGAAAUCCAAGUUCCAACUACUCUGGAGGUUGCGAAGUUGCAAAACUUUGUCGAUAUGCUGUAAGAGUUAUUCUUGAACUGCAAAAUGAGCUGCUUACUGAUGGUAAAUCACCUGAUGGUGAUGAUCUUAAGGAGAUCAACAAAUCCAGGUUUCUCAGUGAGGCCUCUAAGCGGCUGUUCAACGUUCUAUCACUUUGGAUCCGGAUUACUUGCUGGACCCCAAAGCACUUCUUUCAACUAAGGCCAUGUGUCGGUUCCGAGUUAUUCUUGAUAGGAGAGGAUGGAGAAAAAUCAGACGGUUUAUCUGUGUCAUCAGGCAUCGUUCUCCAUCUAAAUUUGUGCCUUCAGCUAAGCAACUGGCCCUGCAAGAUGUCCAACUUGUACUGCGUUCUUCAUUGUGGACCAGCAUCCUUCCAAAAAUCUUCCCAUGGUCGCAACAAUAAGGAGCAUAAAAAAUAUCUAGGCUCCCAAAAUGAAAUUGAUAACAUGGUAUAUCUGAAUAGAAAGUUAAUGAGGUACACCCGAGGCAGCAUUGAUGAUGAUGAUACCAGAGGAGGAAGUUUCAGUUUUGUGUGUUUUGAGGUUAACAAGAAGAAAUGGCAAGGAUUCUCUACCUGCUUGCUGGAUACUUCUGCUUUUCCUGUCGGUUCUUAUGAAAUCAGAUGGCAUAGCUGUUGUAUUGACAAAGAAGGUUCAUAUUGGAGCUUCAUCCCUGUCCAUGGUACUAGCUUCGCAUUGACGAUAAAGUAGUACCCACUAAUAUUUACCCCAAAAAUUGGCCGUUUUAUAUAUUUAUUUGGUUUCAUAUAUACUUCGUUCAUCUUGAAAUUAUUAACUCGUGUGACUUUGACACUGUCCUCACAUCUUGUCAAACAGACCCACGAAUGUGUUUGGUAGGACGUAGUGACCGAUGAGAAAUGAAAUGUAGGUCCCUGUGAAAUUGUGAUGUAUUUUGUAAGAAAAUAUGUGUGUAAUUGAUAACUAAAUUUAGUUGACAACUAAUGCAAGUACAAAACGUUAAAAAUAGGUUCUAUAAACCCAACACAAUGUUUUUGCACCAGCAAAUGCAAGUGAAUGACCAUAUGUAUAGGAUGACCACAUAUUUACCCCUCUGUUCCAUUAUAAGGUUUCCACUUUCCUUUUUUGGACGUUCUAUACAAAGGUCCUCAUUUCUAUUUUAGGAACCAAUUAACAAUCUUAAAUGACAAAUUAAUCAUUAAGUAUUAAAAAUAAUACAUUUAUAACAUCACAGUUAUCAAUACUAACUACAUAAUAAUAUAUACCUAUUAAAAUUAUUUCUCAAUAUAUACUCGAAGUACUUUAUUUAAUUAUUGUCUAAAUAACUGUGUCGUUUUGCUAUGAGAACCUUCCAACGGGACGGAGGUAGUAUGUUAUUUGGUGUAUAGACAUUACCUCUGAUCCACUCGCAAAGAAUCUGAAAGAAGUAUUGCUUUUAUAACUGUGAUGUUAUAAAUGUAUUAUUUUUAAUAUUUAAUGAUUAAUUUGUCAUUUAAUAUUGUUAAUUGUUUCUUAUAAUGGUAAUGAGAACCUUUAUAUAGGACGUCCAAAAAAGGAAAGUGGAAACCUUCUAAUGGGACGAGGGAGUAAAUAUGUGUUCAUCCUAUACAUAUGGUCAUUCACUUGCAUUUGCUGGUGCAAAAACAUUGUGUUGGGUUUAUAUAACCUAUUUUUAACGUUUUGUACUUGCAUUAGUUAUAAAACUAAAUAUUGUUUUAACAUUUUUAUAUGUUAAUACAUCACAAUAUACCUUUUAUCAAUACUGUGUUUUUCUUCACAUUGUAAAGUCGAUGAAUUGAAAAGUUUCCCGGUUUUGGUGCUCAAAAUAGGAAAUGAAAAUAUUAAGAAUGUCAUAUAUGGAGAUGUCUUCAUUGAUAUACACCAUAGUAUAUUUAUUAUCACUUCAAAUGUCCCUAUUACAUCAAUUGUUGCUAGGACGUUCCAUCAUUUCUGGAGAACAUGAUUGAUCUAUCGUAUUUUCAGCAAAUGUUUAUUUUGACACGAAUAAAUGAUUUCAUUGAUGUAUGGAGAAAUGAACUAUUUGAGUAAUGAUAGUACAUGUCAGAUGUCAUGUCAAGGGUUACCUUAAAGAGCCAGUUAUAUGUUGUCAUGUCAAUGGUCACCUCAAAGAGUGAGUUGGAAAUUCUAUAUGUAAUUAAAAGAGUCGUGCUA